CCCUCCACGAUUCUCUUUGAUGCGAGUGUUCUCAAACAAAGCUGGCCCAGUGUCGUGUCUGCCCCGCCGGGACUGCAUAAUCUUGGCAAUACCUGCUACCUCAACAGUACCAUGCAGUGCUUGAUGCAUGUGCCUGGCUUGGUCCUCUAUCUCCUGUCUUCGCAGCACAGUGAAACUUGUCGUAUGAACCACUGUGUACUGUGCCGACUAGAAGACCAUGCGAAGAAGGUCUUUCCGGCAAACGGAACGAAGCGCGGCCAGCCAUUCACACCGAGCAUGGCCAAGCCUGCUUCUUUAAAGCAACUGGCCAAACACUUCCGGCCUGGUCGACAAGAGGACGCUCAUGAAUUUCUGGUUUUGCUACUAGACCAGCUCCAGGCCUCUUGCUUACAGGGACAGCCCAAGAAUCUGGAUCAUCGUGCAAAAGAGACGACUCUAGUCCAUGCGCUCUUUGGCGGCCACUUGCGACAACAAAUUACCUGUCAAAAGUGCCGUACACCAUCUAAUACCUACGAAGCACUGCUCGCUCUGUCUGUGGAUGUUUGCAACACGAUUGAGCAAUCACUUGCUCGCGUCACAUCUGCUGAAGCGCUUGUUGGAAAGAACCGCUACCUCUGCGCUCAUUGCAAGUCUUUGCAAGAAGCACGCAAGCAGACCACACUCUAUCGAGCACCAUGCACAUUGAUUGUGCAUUUCAAGCGAUUCCACUUUGCUGCCCGCUCCUCCAAGAUCUCAAAGCAUGUUCAGAUUUCAGAGCGGCUUGAUGUUAGCAAGUACAUGGCACAGGGAUGUACAGCGAUGCCAUACACAUUGGCAGGCGUCGUGGUGCAUGACGGCGGUGGUGUGUCAUCCGGACACUAUUAUGCCUACGGCAAGCAGUCGAAUGGCGUCUGGGCAGAGUACAAUGACUCUUGCGUAUCGCAGGUAUCGCUUGGCAAGGUGCUCAAGCAGCAGGCAUACAUGCUCGUCUAU